CCCAGUAAAGCGUCUGCUAGCCCUAGCACAAUCCCCGCCUUGUCUCAGAGUUGGAUUUCAGUUUCCGUCGCCUCGGGUUACGUCUUUUUUUUUUUUUUCCAGGUCUUUCUGAACACCACCUUCUCUCUCCCCGAGGCUACCCCCAGACCUUUCCCUUCUCCGAUGCUCCUUCUCUCGAUCUGGGAUCUCUAGAGCCAACUCCUCCGCAGCCCAGGCCGGCGCGCCAGCCGGUGUCUGGCCUGGUCAGUGUCACUGUCCACGCCCAGCCAUGAGCUCCCCAGGUUCGCUUCGCCUCCGGCUCGGGCUCCGGCUUCAGCUGGGACUGUCACCUCCGCUGCUGCUGCUGCUAUUGUUGCAGCUGCUGGGACCCUCAGGCGCCUCGGGCUCUGCGAAAGCUUCGGUAGCGGAUGCUGGCGCCAGCCACAGCGGCGGCGAGAGAGUCAAUCCUGAUAAACUACUGGUAAUCACCGCUGCCACAGAGGAGACAGAAGGAUAUCUGAGAUUCCUGCAGUCUGCAAAGUUUUUCAAUUACACCGUUCAGACACUGGGCCUAGGAGAAGAAUGGAGAGGAGGAGAUGUGGCUCGAACAGUUGGAGGGGGUCAGAAGGUUCGAUGGCUGAAGAAGGAGAUGGAGAAAUAUGCAGAAAGAAAGGACAUGGUCAUCAUGUUUGUGGACAGCUAUGAUGUACUUCUAGCUGGGAGCCCCAAAGAAUUGCUGUGGAAAUUUCUUCAGAGUGGCAGCCGCUUGCUCUUUUCAGCUGAGAGUUUCUGCUGGCCAGAGUGGGGGCUAGCAGAGAAGUACCCCACUGUGGGAAAUGGAAAGCGUUUCCUCAAUUCUGGAGGGUUCAUUGGCUUUGCCCCCACUAUCCAUCAUAUUGUUCGUCAGUGGAAAUACAAGGAUGAUGAUGAUGACCAGUUGUUCUACACUCGGCUCUACCUGGACUCCAGACUUAGAGAAAAACUUGGCCUGGCUUUGGAUCACAAAUCUCGAAUCUUUCAGAAUCUCAAUGGAGCCAUAGAUGAGGUGGUAUUAAAGUUUGACCGGAAUCAGGUUCGUAUUCGGAAUGUGGCCUAUGAUACACUCCCUGUCGUGAUCCAUGGCAAUGGACCCACCAAGCUCCAGUUGAAUUACUUGGGAAACUACAUCCCUAAUGGCUGGACCCCAGAGGGAGGCUGCGGGUUCUGUGACCGUGACCAGAUAGACCUAGAGGAGCUGCAGCGGCCUUUCCCCAGAGUGCUUCUGUCUGUAUUUGUGGAACAGCCAACCCCGUUCCUGCCACGAUUCCUGCAGAGGUUGCUAUUCCUUGACUAUCCACCUGAUCGGAUUACACUCUUCCUGCAUAAUAAUGAGGUCCAUCACGAACCCCAUAUUGCAGCUGCUUGGCCUCAGCUCCAGGACCAUUUCUCUGCUGUGAAGCUUGUUGGACCGGAGGAAGCUCUGACUCCAGCCCAGGCCCGGGACAUGGCCAUGGACAGCUGUCGUCAGGAUUCUGAGUGUGAAUUCUACUUCAGCCUGGAUGCAGAUGCCGUCAUCACUAACCCUCAGACCCUACGCAACCUCAUUGAGGAGAACAGGAAGGUGAUAGCUCCUAUGCUGUCUCGACAUGGGAAACUCUGGUCUAAUUUCUGGGGGGCACUGAGUCCUGAGGAGUACUAUGCUCGAUCUGAGGAUUAUGUGGAGCUGGUGCAGAGGAAACGAGUGGGUGUAUGGAAUGUACCCUAUAUAUCCCAGGCCUAUUUGAUUAAGGGGAAGACUCUCCGGGACGAGCUGCCCCAGAGAGAAGUGUUCUCACAGAGUGAGAGUGAUCCUGACAUGGCUUUCUGCAAGACUGUCCGUGAUAAGGGUAUCUUCCUCCAUCUCAGUAACCAGGAGGAAUUUGGGCGACUUUUGUCCACAUCCCGGUACAGAACAGACCACCUGUACCCUGACCUCUGGCAGAUCUUCGACAACCCUCUGGACUGGCAAGAGCAAUACAUUCAUGAGAACUACAGUUGGGCACUUGAUGGAGAUGGUGUGGUAGAACAACCAUGUCCAGAUGUGUACUGGUUUCCAUUGUUGUCGGAGCAGAUGUGUGAUGAACUGGUAGAAGAGAUGGAGAAUUUUGGCCAGUGGUCUGGGGGAAAGCAUGAGGACUCCAGGCUGGCAGGAGGAUAUGAGAAUGUGCCGACUGUAGACAUUCAUAUGAAGCAGCUGGGUUAUGAGGAUGAAUGGCUGCAAUUCCUGAGAACCUAUGUGGGACCCAUGACAGAGAACCUAUUCCCAGGGUACCACACAAAGACCCGAGCAGUGAUGAACUUUGUGGUCCGGUACCGGCCAGAUGAGCAGCCAUCCUUGCGGCCACAUCAUGAUUCUUCUACUUUCACUCUCAACAUUGCACUCAAUAGCAAGGGUCUUGACUAUGAGGGAGGAGGCUGCCGAUUCCUGCGAUAUGACUGCAUUGUCUCAUCUCCAAGAAAAGGCUGGGGGCUUCUGCAUCCUGGCCGCCUCACCCACUACCAUGAAGGACUACCCACUACAAAAGGCACACGAUACAUUAUGGUGUCUUUUGUGGAUCCCUGACAGUUAACUACUUUCCUUUUUCCCAUCACCACUGUGCCUUCUUGGGCCCUAGGUCCAGCCCCCUUCCUCAUUGCUAGGGGAAGGGGACAGAAGAAUUUCUCUGAGUUCUGCCCCAUGAUGUGUAUUUAUUGUGCACCUGUCUGUCAGUUCAGUGUGUGUCUGUCUACCUUUCCUUGACAUGGCCCUCUCAGGUAGCCCUUGGAACUCCUGUCCUUCCUUUCCCUACCCUCAGCCACAAAUGGUAGAGUGGCGGUGUGUUUGGGAGAGGUUCCCUGUGUGAUAAGUUAUUGAAUAAAGGAGGAUUUGUAA